AUGAGUUUUUCACCUGCAAGCAGACGAUCAAUUUCUUCAAGAAAAAUAUCACAUCACGAGCCUUUAUCUGUAAAUCGAUCAUUUGCAUUCACUCCAUCUGAACGAAAGCUUCAUGGCUUUAUAAAGCAAAAAUCAGCAGAUCUGCUAGAUGUAGCAUCAUCAAUUCCUAAUAGAAGACUGUUUAACCCAGGUCAAGAAUUAUCUGAUGUUUCGCUUCAGUUAGUGAAACUAACUCCCCCCCCCCCCUCCGUGAGCGAACAAAAAAAUUUUGUUCGCUCACGGAGGGGGGUUAAUUUGUUUUUUUUUAAAAAAAAUUUAUAUAUAUAAUUUUAUAAAAAAUAUUUUUUUCGAAAUUUAAAAAAAUCCUAAUUUGCAAAAAUUGGGAAGCAAAUAUUAAUUUAAUUUGCAAAAUUUAUGUUUUAAAACGCAAUUUGUUUAAAAUUAAACAGAAUUAGCUCUAGAUUUCAUUAUACUAAUUAUCACUUAUAUAUCAAAAUUUUUUUCCAUUAAAAUUUUUUCUAUUAAAAAAAUUUUUGUUCACUCACGGAGGGUGGGUUUUUGGUCAAAAAAUGGCGAUUUUUCUAAUGGUUUUGUUCGCUCACGGAGGGGGGGGGGGGGAGUAAGGAAAAGUUUAGAUGAGAAAAGGCAGAUUAUUUUAGUAAAAGACAAAUCUAUAUCUAUCAUGAAAAAAGACAUGAAUUUAAUUUCAGACAUAAAAUCAAGAAAAUUACCAGAAAUAGAAACAGUCAGCACAAGGCUGAAAAUGCUAGAAAACAAGCUUGCUGAGGCUAAAAUUAAAUGUGAACAUGAAGAGACAAAUUUCUCUGCAAAUCUACAUUUAUUGGAAAGAAUGAGAACAACGAUGUUUUAUUUGGAAAAAAAAGAAGUUGAGUAUAGAGAAGCCAUAAGCGCACAAAGCAAUUAUUUGCAGUAUGAAGUUAAUAAGUGUGAGAAAUCAAAAGAAUCAAAGCUGCAGAGCAAGUCAGCGUUUGAAAAGCUUCAAACUUCGCUGAUGUAUGGAAAAAAAGAAAACGAUGAGACUAAAUAUGAUAUACAAAAAGCUUCAGGUAACUUACUCUAUACUGGCUGAAUUUAUUUUAAAUUUAUUGAAAAUAUCAACAAAAAAACAUAUUUAUGAAAAAGAAUUAGAAAAAACAAAAAUGAGAAGAGAAGCAGUCAAAAGAAGGCAAAAAGAGUUUCUUGAUAACGAAAUGAUAAAAGACCAAAUAAGUCAGCUCCAGCACAAGCAUGAAUCUCUUAUGUCUUUCCGAUUUUUUUAUAAUUUAAUUACCUUUCAAUAUGAAAAACAAAUGGAAUUCUACCAGAAACUUGAAGACUGCUAUUUAAAAAUGAAAGCUGCCUCUGGGAUCUCAGAAAUUGAUUUAAUGAUAAACCGAUGCUAUACUAGAGAACACGAUUAUAAAGAGUUAAUAACCCUCACAAACGCCAAAAAAUCACAACUAGAAGCAAGCCAAAAGAAAAUUGUAGCAAUAGAGGCUGAUAUCGAAGAAUUAAACAAGCUGAAAAACAGCUGCUAUUUAAAUGAAUUUAAUGAGUCCGCAAAACAAAAAGAAAUUAGCGAUUUAAGGCUAUCAAUAAAACGAUUAAAAACAAAGCGGCAUAACUUGAUGAAAAUUGCAAAUAAAUUGAAAAUUUGAACCAAAAAAAACUAUAGGGAUUUUUCUAUAAAUAGUCUAUUAGAAAUUAUAAGAAAUUUCUUAUUAAUAUUCCAGAGAAAAGGUCUAGUGAGAAAAUAGACUCAGUUGUAGAGAAAAAUUUUUUUAUUACUGGACUGAGCUCAGAAAAUUUUGAGAACUGUGCAGAUUUUUUGAUAAAAAUUAGAAAUGAGGUAAGAAAUGCAUUGAAAAAUCUGCAAAGUCCGAAAGAAACAGUGCAGGAUUUUAUAUGGAAAAUGAGGUCGAAAAGUAUUUCUAGCAUUAUUGAUGAAAUACCAGCAAGCCAGUGUAGAAGUAUUAUGGUUGAAGAAGAAUUCGGCGCUGAAGACUUAGAUGGCUAUGUAAGUCCAGAUACUGGAAAACAUAGUGAAAACCCUAGUAGAAAGAAAAGCUUAGGCCAAUUUAGUUACAAAAGAGGCUAA